AUGCAAAUCCACGGUUUUGCAGACGCUAGCGAAAAAGCAUAUGGUUGUUGUCUAUAUUUAAAGUGCUCUGACAAUGCUGGGAAUCAUUGUUCAAAUCUUUUAUGCGCUAAAUCUAAAGUUGCUCCAAUGAAGACAGUAUCUUUACCGCGCUUGGAGUUAUGCGCCGCACAAUUAUUGACACGCGUGGCAUAUGAAAUAAUAUCAAAGAUGCAACUUAAAUUAUCAAAACAUCAUUAUUGGACCGAUUUUAAAGUCACCUUAUGUUGGAUAAAGUCUACUUCAAAAAAGUGGAAAACCUUUGUAUCACAUCGGGUUGGCGAGAUUCAAGAAAAGACCUCGUUAACUGAGUGGUUUCAUGUGAAAGGCAGCGAAAAUCCUGCGGACAUUAUAUCGCGUGGGUGCUGUACUACUGAACUAUCCCGUGAUACUCUUUGGUGGCAUGGCCCCGAGUGGUUAAUCCGAAAUGAAGAAAAUUGGUCGGUUAUCCAACAGGAAGAGAUAUCAAACGAGUUCGUGGAUAUGCCGGAACAAAAAAGUUUAAGUGUCAAUGGUGUAACUACAUCUGAAAAUAAUUUGAUUAUUCACAGAUAUUCGUCCAUAAAAAAGAUGUCGCGAAUUGUUGCAUAUUGUAUGCGUUUUAAGUCAAACUGUUUAAGUCGUAAGCAAAAUAAUGAAAGAAAAAAUGGUUUUUUACUACCUUACGCAAUAAAGCAGACAAAAACAAUAAUGAUAAAAAUAGUGCAAAAUCAUUACUUUUUUCGAGAAGUGCAACAAUUGCAAACCAAUAAUCAAGUAUUGAAAAAGAGUCCUCUUUAUAGAUUAAUACCAUAUCUUGAUGAAGCAGGUGUAAUUCAUGUAGGUGGAAGUUUGAAAUAUGCAGCAUCCAUAAGCACUUUUAGGCGCCAUCCUGCAGUGUUACCAUCUAAAAGUAUUUUUGCUCAAAAUUGA